GGAGGCGCGCCGAGUGCCGCGUGUGCUGACUCGGGGCAAGCCGGAGGCGUGCGAAGCACGCGGAGAGGCGCGCGAGUGCAGGGCGGUGCGGCGCGGCGCAGGAGGAGGCCAGCCGCACCCCCGCCCGCCGCCGCCGCUUCCAGGAGUUGCGCGCGUUGGUCAGCGGGACUUUGACUGA